AGCAAGGCCGGUGAAACAGUGCCGCCAUAACCACAAGGAAGAGACGCAUGGAGAUCAGAAGCACCUUGGAGAUGUAUCUCCCCGGGUUCAGGUUCCAUCCCACUGAGGAGGAGCUUCUCGACUUCUACCUCAGGCGCAAGGUCCAGGGGAAGAGGCUGCAGCUUGAAAUCAUUGCUACAGUUAAUCUCUAUCGCCAUGAUCCCUGGGAGCUUCCAGGGUUGGCCAAGAUGGGGGAGACGGAGUGGUACUUCUACGUGCCGAGGGACCGGAGACAAACCAGCGGCGGGCGGCCGAGCAGGACCACGGAGCGGGGUUUCUGGAAGGCCACCGGUUGCGACCGGCCGGUGCGCAGCGCGGCCGACCCCAAGCGGCUCAUCGGCCUCAAGAAGACGCUGGUCUUCUACGAGGGCCGCGCGCCUCGGGGCACCAAGACCGACUGGGUCAUGAACGAGUACCGCCUCCCCGACCCGUCCGCCACGUCCUCCGACGGUCCACCAAAGGAGGAGAGCAUGGUGUUGUGCAAGAUACACCGGAAGGCGACCUCGAUGAAGGUGCUGGAGCAGCGGGCGGCGGCCAUGGAAGAGGAUACGACGAUGUCGCAGAAUUCUAGCUCGACCGCGGAGUCCGCGUCAGACUACGAUCAGGAGAGCUUCUUGAAAUCCAUGGUCAAGGAGGAUGUUGUAAUCGUCAUCGAGGAUGCAACGGAGGAGGAGGUGACGACCGUGGUGGUGGUGGAGGAGGAGAAAGAGGAAGCGGAUGUUGCCGCCGUGUCGACUCGGCAAAGGCCGAGUCUGCCCGAGUUGGAGGUCCCGAAGAAGGAGGGGUUAGAAUGGCUACAGGACCCGUUCUGGACUCAGCUACGAAGCCCAUGGAUGGAUCUCUGGUCUCCAUAUUUGGCCACCAUGCUCAACUGCUAAACCUCAUCAUUAUUUCUUCCUCGUGUUUGUUUGUGCAUAUCUUUUAAGUUCCGGACAGCCGGCGAUGGCGUUGGCGAUGGCGAUGGCGAUGGCGAUGGCGAUGGGUGAUGUACCAAAUCCAGUUACGAAAGAUCAAGCUCGAUAGAAAAAGUCCAAGAAUCAUCAUUUAUGAUUUGCAAAAAGAAAAAAAAAGCGUUUCGGAUUUUAAGCUCCAUGACAUUGGAAACUUCAUCGAGUAGCUUCGGCUUGUCUUUAUUUUUUUUAAUCUUAAUCUUAAUCUUAUUUGGAGGAUUUCCAAAUCGAUUCGGAUUCUGCACUUUCAAAUCGAUGAUCGAAUUUGAACUUAAACAAGUCAAAGCCAUGAAAGCCAAGACUGAUGAUCGUCUUCUUGUGAUAAAAAUAUUAGGCGCGUGAAUUGCUAGAUCCACUACAAGAAAUCAACCUGAUGCAAAAGUCUUUGUUGCUGAAGCGGGUUUGACUUUGCUUUCCUUGAGUUUGAGCAAUUAGGGAUCAGAAUCUAACUGACUUCCUCGAUAGAAGUUUCAUGAUUC